GCGGGCUCGGGGCGCCCCGGGUGCAUCAGCUUGUGCCGCCGCCUGCGUGCAACAGCAAAGACAGGGAACGCUGGGAAGGAAUCAUGCGCUCGUCCCAGCAAACCCUGCAGGAGCAGCAAGCCAGGUUAGACGGACAGUGCACCUGGAAAAGUAUUGGCGAAACACUUCACUUUUGCCACAUUUUAUUAUUCUAAAAUGGAAUACCUUUUAAUGCUCUCCACACAGCACCCCAACACCACAGCAGGAACAAAGAUGGUUUGCUCUAACUACCCAUGUGCGUGACAUUUCUUACCUUUUCAUUCUUAAGACGUUUGCAAACAUUUCCCAAAUCUUUUUUUCACGUUGUCACCGUGGGGGGUUGUGUCGACAAUUUCGAGGAAUAAAAUGAAUUUAUUCAAUUUCAGUACAAGGCUGUCACAUAAGAAAAUGUGGGAAAAGUGAAGCUCGAUGUAUUGUGUGUGUGCGUGCGCAUCUGUGCGUGUGGUUUCCCCUCCAUCUCUUUCAAGCUUCUCGUACGUCUUCUGACAAUUUCUGUUCCACUUUGCUCGAUGGUGACUGGACAGCGAUGGCGAGCGAAUCCCUGACUUCAUUACACGCAAAGACUCCGCCCCUCGCCAUCAGGAGCGGGAGGGAGAGGAGUUUGAGAGGGACAAGGAAGAAGCGGAGGAAGGAGGCGAGGGAAAGGUCAAAGCCACGCCCAAUAAGCAGACAGACGACCUGGCUCUUAGGCGGGUUUGUGCUAGGCCACGCCCCCUUCACCGGGACGGACUCGUGAGCUUGGCGCCUGCCACCAUGAGCCAAGCAGACAUGCAGAAGUGGGAGAGGCUGAGAAUGACUGAACCAAGGUGCCCCCUCCCAUACACACUCCGAACUGAUGGCAGAAUCAGUAACGUGUGCAUGCGUGUGUGGGUGUGUGCGUGCGUGCGUGUGUAUGUGUGUGUGUGUGGAAGGUCCCAUUACAUUAAAUAACACGUUAUUUGUUUCCUUCAAACUCUCUUCCGCCAGGGAACCUAAUUCAUUUUCUUCAUAAAGGUACACCGUUCCUGCUAGCUUUUGAUAUCACCGGGACGCUGGUCUACCCCCGACUUGUUUGGAUCUCAAAACGUUGCAACCUUUUUCCCACAGAAAGCCAUGUAAAAAGUCAAUUCAUUCGUUCCAGGGUCAAACUCUGACCAUCGUAGAAGGUAGUAGCUGUCAACCAAUCAAAUGUUCAGCAGUGUUGUUUUUGGCAUCCAUUUUAAUUUUAGCAACAUUUUUGUCAGUUCUGUAUGUGAUAGUUUUACUUCAGUUUUAGUUGACAAAGACUAAAAACAUUUCAGUUCAGUGUUAGUAAAAAAUAAUAAUAAUAAUAAUAAUAAAAUAAUUUAAAUAGUUUAACUCAUUCAUUCCCAGCCAUGUUUUCAAAAGACAACCCCUUCACAUGGAACCUACCCAAAGAAAGGUUGGACUCUCAUCUUUCAUCAGGAAAAAACAUUUGUUUCUUCCUUUUUCUGUUCUUCUAAUCAGUAGUAGAACAUUACGUUACGUUUCAGGAAAAUAUCAGCUCACAACUAGAAUUUUUUGGGAACUUUUUUUUUUUUUUUGCUGUUGUGACAGCUCAAACAGCUAAACAACUAUACCAACAUAAACAACACAAACAUGUGUUGUUUUGUAUCCAAGUAACAAUUUAUUUACAAAUAUAACACCACCAACUAUUUACAAUUUUCACAUUUGGAACUAAACUGCGUGUGUGUAUGCGUGUGCAGUUGUGCAUGCGUUAAAAUUUCCCUACAAUGCGUAACCUUUCGCACACUAUACUCCUCCACGCUCUUCCACUUCCUCCUUGCUGCCGAGUGUGUUUGUACAUGCAAAUGAUCCAUGCCGAGCUCUUACCAAAUUGACUUCUGCCACUUUGUGGCCAUUUUUAAGGCUUAAAACGGCUCGAAAAGCGACCUCUAUUAGUGUGCAGUUGUGUCAUCACGUCUUUUUGCCUCUCGUGCAAAAAAACGUAAAAGACCUAUAAAUACAUCUUUAGUAUUGGAUGAGUUAACUAUUGGAAAUUGUUUUUAGUGUUUUUCGUCAUCCAAUUCAUCUCUGUAUACAAAGUACACAUCCUGUCAAGGUCUACUGGUGGAUAAAUGUAGGUAUAGCAUGUCUUAAAAAACAUCAUACAACAUAAUACCUUGGUUAACAUCCUCCUCGGUUAGCGCUUGUUUGGGUUAGCAUCCAAAAAUGUUGCAAAAAUGUUGCCUUGGCUUGCGUUGGCGCGCUUGUUUCGCGUCCAAAAUACUGUCCGGUUUGUUUACGCCGCCAAAAAAAACAUUUGACCAUUUCAGCUGCUGUUGUUUUUUUUACAUUUUCCAACUAUUUCAACUUUCUUCUUGUAAAUGAUCUUCUCGUAAUCAUGACUUUAUUCCUGUAAGAUUUUUAUUCUUGUAACAUUAUAACUUUAUCCCAUUUGUUGUUUUGUUGGUUUCUCAUAAUAUGCAUCAUUUUACAAAAAAAAUGUCUCUCUUAAAAAAAUAUUUCAACUGCAUGCUACUAAAAUAACAUAAUUUUUCCUCAUACUAUUACAACGUUGUUCUUUUAUUUAUUGCUUUUUCUCGGUAGAUUGCAACUUUUUCUCUUAAUAUUUAUUCUUUUGAAUUUUUUUCUUUUUUGCUGUUGUUGGUUUUUGUUUUGUUUUCUUAUAUUUUGUUUUGAAUGUGCCGUGGGCCAAUAAAAAACAACAAAACAAAAACAGCGACUGUCCCCCGGGCGGUGCCGCAGUUCGGACAGCCCUGCAUUAAACCAAGACAUAAAUGAGGUGGUUGGGAUGAAUACAUGAGGUACUUUACGAAUGCUAUUUCUCAAAGAUGGCACAGGAAAAUUAAUAUGGUGCUGCCUCGGUUAACAUCCUGCCUUGGUUAACGUGUUUUUCAGUUAACAUCCCAAAUUUUUGCUCAAAUUUUGCCUCGGCUUGCGUUCGCCCGCUGCCGUUAGGUUUGUUUACGCCGCCAUCUUGGAUCACUCGCCCAAGACGAAAACUCAUGCUAAUUGCACGUGAUCGCGCAAUGUGUUGUGGGCCGCAGGCGCCAUUUUAGGACAACAGAGUUUGUUGUAGAGAGAUGCGCGUGGCAACAAACACAUGGGCCGAGACAAGGGUGCCAGACCUCCCAGUUUUACCGCUUCGUCAUUUCAGAGGUAUAAGAAUGGGUUUGUUUCCUUGUUUGUCUUCAAAAUAACUUGAAAAGUUUAGAAUGGAUUUGGGUGAAAUGUUCAGGAAUUGUGGGAAACGGGAUAUGGAAGAACCGGUUAAACUUUGGGAGCGGUCCGGAUCACCGUCUGGAUCCAGGAGUUUUUUAAAGGAUUCUUUAACAUUGUGAGAUAGCACCGUUUUUGGCAUUUGUGCAUAUAACUCCACAAAAAAUGGUCUAAGCGCUUCAGGAAAAAAAUACAGGACAGCUUUCCGACAGGUUGUACAAAAUAUCAAAGACUGAUCCAGAUCAUGGAAUCAUUCCGGAUACUAUGAUCCAGAAUAGGUAAAAAUAGGGGAUCUUUGGAACUGUCAUCAUAGGAAAACAAGAAAUGAAGCUAUUUUGAUGCAACCAACACCAUUAUAUAUAGCAGGGAUGUCCAAAGUGCAGCCCGGGUUCAUUUGCGGCGCAGGGUUGUGAUUUUUUUUUUUUGUCUAAAAAUUAAAUUUAACAAGGAAACUAAAAAAAAAAACAACAGCAGCAAAAAUGGGAAAAUCUAUCAAAAGUCCAAAUAUGAAGAGAAGAACUGUAAUCUAAUCUCAAAAGUUAGAUUUUUUUUUUUAAGUCAAAAACAAUGACUAAAGUUGUAAUUUUUGGAAACUUAGGUUGGGGGGGAAAUGUAUAACAUGGGAAUAAAGUCCAAAUAUCACAAAGGCGACUCUAAAUUGUCCAUAGGUAUGAAUGUGAGUGUUUGUCUAUAUGUGCCCUGCCAUUGGCUGGACACCAGUCCAGGAUGUACCCCGCCUCUCACCCGAAGUCAGCUGGGAUAGGCUCCAGCAUGCCCCCACGACCCUAAUAAGGAUAAGCGGUAUAGAAAAUGGAUGGAUGGAUACAGAAAAAGUCAACAGCAGAAAUGUAAAGUAAAGUCAAAAUAUUAACAAAAAAAACAUUUCUAAUGAGAAAAAAGUUGCAAUUUUAUGAGAAUAAACUUGUAAAAUGAGGGAAAAUAUCAUUUUGGUAUUUAAAAAUAAAGAAAAAAUACAUUAUUGUUUUAAAAGGUAUAAAGUUUUUUACAAGAGGAAAGCUGAAAUGAAAUAGUUGGAAAAUUAAAAAAAAACAGCAGAAAUGGGGAAAAAACAGCUGUAAUUUCAUGACAAUAAAGUCAAAAUAUUCAGAAAAAAGUCAUAUUCGAAUGAAGAACAAAAUUCGCAAUUUUGCAAAAAGAAACUGGUAUAAUUAUUGAAAAAGGUGAUUUUUAGUAGCAUUUCUCCUCCAUUCCAGAUAUGUUCCAAAGGUGAAAUGCAGGUGUUUCUUCAGCUACAUGUAGGCUACUGUAGCUUCCUAGCAUGUCUACAUGUGCUGCUUUACUAAAGAUCAAAGUGGCACAGUUGCAUCCUUUCACUUUUCACUGCGUGGCGCUCGCUGGAAAAAGUUUGGACACCCCUGUUAUAUAUCCAAGACACUGUGGAAUCUGGAUUUGUUGGAUCUUCAAAAGCUAUGGAGCUAGAUCCAAAAGAAAAUGACGGAAAAUGCCAUUUUUGGGAAUAACUACUGAACUAAUACUGAUAUCAUUAUGAAUGCAAUUGCUAAAUAUGUAGAUCAAAUAAAUGUAGGACUAAUAUUUAUGCUGUAAAUGACAAUAUGGGGGGGACUACGGGAUGAAUUGGGUUUACAUCGUUUUCUGUGGGAACGUUUGCUUUGGUUCAAGCCGGACCUUCCGAAAGAGAUCCGUGACGUGGACCGAGGCGCUCGCGUUUGUGAAAAUGCGCCCCGUAGUGGCUGCUUAUUUCAUGAGGCGAGCAGCUUUAAGUCUCCCUUUCGCCGGCUUUAUUCUCCUCGUUAUUGUGCGCUCGGUUGCAGUCUGACAUGCGCAGAAAGAGCAGUGUGGGUGUGUGUGAGAGAGACAGAGAGAGGCAAUUGUUGGCUGUGUGAGCUGCAGAGGCUUUUGUGUUUGUGGUGGGGGUGCUGAUGUCAGUAGAUAGCAUAGAGGAGGUUUUGUUUGCGCCACCAGAGGACGUUUGUGUCCCUAAAAAAGAGGAAAGUCACAUGAAACACUUGCUGUGAUUGUGUGCACCUCUUCUCCUUUCUGUCUGAAUGAUGUCCCUCCUUUCAUUUGUCUGGACCCGCUCAUUUUGCGCCGUUUUGUGUGUGUGUGUGUGUGUGUGUGUGUGUGUGUGUGUGUGUGUGUCACAUGACAAUCUACAGCCAGCCCAGCCCCGCCCCCGUGUGUCGGUCUUGUCUGGACAAAACGUACGCAAGCUCCCCGGGCAAAUCGGUGACGUUUGGCGGCGUGACAGAGAUCGGGCGGCCGGUAGGCGUGCAAGCACCGAGCGAAGGGGCGGGGUCGGAGUUGCUCGUGCGACUCCUCUCCGAGGCGACCGUCGCCGUGCCGACCGUUGGCCUGGGCUCCCUGCUGUCAGAGCGGGAACGCAGCCUCACUGAUGGAGCCCAAACCCGUGAAAGCACCCCCAACCUUUCACCCGGAGCUCCAGAGGCUCCUUGCUCCCCUGCCGAGCUGCACGCCGGUCUGGACAAGAGGAUGAAGGAGCAGCAGGAUGAGGAGGAAGAGGAGCAAGUGAGGACCCCAGAUGUCCGUAAAGAUGACAUGAUGGCGAGAAGAACGGGAGUGUUCCAUAAGCAAAGCGUGUCGGCGGCAUCUCACAACCGCUUCCUGCCUCCGCCCGCCUCCACGCGCUGCUCCCGAGGGGAGGGCAGCGCUGGCGCCCAGGAAGUGGACUGGAUGAAGAGCGGGAACAUCAGGUGGGACGCUUGGACUGAGGCACGAGCUUGUGCGGCGUCGCUUCAGACAUCUCAUUGGGGUUUUUGUCACAGAGACGCGAGAGAUGAGAUUCCACACCUAAGAGUGAAGCGGGAAUGUGUUGAUGGCGGUGGUGAUUGUGGCGACGCAAACGGACCUACGCCUGACACGGAGAAGGAUGACAUGAUGUCUCGGAGGACCGGGGCCUUGCAUAAAUCAAAUGUGGCCUUCAGGCAGUUUCUGCCGGUGCCAGGGGGUGUGAAGCAGCCGCCGAGCAAACCCGACCUUGGUGAAAAGGUGGCAAGUGAAAGCGGCGUCGGUGUGGCGGCCCGACAUCACACUCCAGCCCCACAGAGGCCCACUGCGGAUGACACGCACCAAAUAGGGGAUGUCCUUGAGGCGCCCGCGUCCUUGUCCUCUCUGUCCCUCUGCCUGGAGGCUGUCCUCCCAUCUUGUAGGGAGGCAGAGUUAGGAAGCAAGAUGGCGAGGGCUGAGGAAAGGAUGGAGGAGGCACCAGAAAAGAAAGCCUUGUGGGUGGAGGAUGAUGAUCUGCCACCAAUGAUGACGAGCCGGCGAGUUGCUUUCAGGUCUGAGGACACUCAGAGCGUGAGCCUGAGUGAUAUGGCCAACGACGACGAGGCGGCACACGCGACGCAGCCGCUUAGCGUGUCGCCUCACGAGCGCAUGCACGAGCAGUACAACUUCCAAGAGGACGACGACCAGUGGCAAAGCGACCUGGCCCGCUGGAAGAGCCGCCGUCGCUGCGCCUCGCAGGAGCUGAUCAAGAAAGAAGAGGAGAGGAAGAGGAUGGAGAGAAUGAAGGAGGAAGGAGGCGACUGCAGCAAGAGGAAGAGCAUCAAGACCUACAAGGAGAUCCUGGAGGAGAAGGAGCGCCGAGAGGCGGAGCUGUGCGAGGCCUACGGCAGCGCCGCCACCCCAGAGGAGGCGGCCGUGGUUCUGCAACGCUACGCUCUCCGCUUCACCAUCAGCGACGCCACACUGGACUACCUCAAGCUCCCCAGGUCCACCUCAAACCCCAAAGAGGCCCUAAAUCAGGUGGACCGUGAGCAGGGAGCAGUUCCUGACUCUGAGGCGGCGGAGUCAACAGAGCACAAGCGCGUGAAAUGUGAAGAGAUGAAAAGAGCGGGUGAACUAGCAAAGCCACUUGACGCUUCCUCCAGCCCACUGACACCCAGGGAGCCACUCCACUCUCCAGAAAACAGACCAGCGCUGUCCCGAGAAUUCCAUCAACCUCCAAUCCAAACAUCUCCGGAACCUCCCAUCACAGUAGACGCACCAGCCCGGCCCAAAAGCACCCCACCUCGGGUCGCACAGGCGCCGCCUCCCGCCGUGAAGCCCCCGCAGACGCUGCCCUCGCCGUCACGACCCAUUCCCCUGCUGGCCGCCAAACCCUACUGCCAGCCCCGCAGCUCACAUGGAGUCAAGAUGGACGGCCUGGUACGAGUGAGCGGGGACGCUCCCGCUUCCCCGCUGCAUUCGCCGUCAGAGAAGAAGGACCUUCCGGCCAACGAGGCUUCCUCCUCGGCGCCUGAAAGCGUCCACCAGACGCCUCCCCAGGCGUCAUCCUCCUCAUCCUCGUCGUCGUCGUCCUCCUCUACCAUCAGCUCGCUGUUCAGCGGGAGAAACUGCGUCACCAAAACCACCAUCGUCACAGAGCUCACUCAGACCGUGGUGGAGCCACACCCCCUGGAGGACCACAGCCACGGCCAGGUGAACGGCACCGCCACAUGUGAGGAGGCCGCAGGAGAGCGGCAGGCCACGUCGCCAUCUUUAGCCUCUUCAACCACCAUCAGCAUGCCGGAAUAUUCCCCUGCCCUCACAGAAGGACAGGAGGAGAGCAGCGUGAGCAUUGAGACCCCCAUGUUGAACUUGGCUAAGCGUGUAAAUCACUGGGUCUGGGACCCCAAUGAGGAGCGUAAACGGGUGGAAAGGUGGCAACAGGAGCAGGAGCGCCUCCUUCAGGAGCAAUACCAGAAGGAGCAGGAGAAGCUGAAGAAGGAGUGGGAGAAAGCCCAGUUGGAGGUGCAGGAGCAGGAGCGCAAACACAACGAAGAGGAAAGGAAGAUCUUGGAGGAGACCGUAGCGCCCCUCAGUCCCUGCGUCCUUGUCCAGCAGCAGGCGGCCCAGACGGGCCCAGGGUCACCGCCUUCACAGGUCAAGGACGCCACCAGCAGCCUCAGGAUGCAGCAAAAUGGCCAAAAAGAGGAUUGGCAUGCAUCAAAGCUGCACUUCCUGCAAGAUUCCGUGUGUGAGAGCGAGCCGUGGAAGAAGCCAGAAAUGUGGAAGACAGCUUCUCUGGACCGGAACGUCCAGCCCGGCGUGCCGCAAGGCGUGAAAAGCAGGUGCGAUUCCCAUGACGGCAUCACGGGAAAACAGCAGCAGCAGUCGCCUCCGUCACCCAGCAGGUGCGUUAGCGGGAAGAGGCUAUGCUCCGCUUGUUCUCAGCCGCUGGGGAAAGGAGCGGCCAUGAUCAUCGAUACCCUGGGCCUGUUUUUCCACAUGCGCUGUUUCAAGUGCGGCCUGUGCCAGGGGCAGCUGGGCGACGCCACCACCGGGACAGACGUACGGAUCCGCAACGGACUGCUGACCUGUCACGACUGCUACAUUGCGUCACGCGGCAGAGGACAGCCCACCACGCUAUGAUGACCUAUCAUCUCUUUUCUACUGGAACACACACCUCGAGUAACUUUCUGGACAUAUCCGCCCCCCAUUUGUAUUUAACCAUGAACUGGAACAUACUGGACACCAGAUCAUAUAAACAUACACACAGGAGUGUGUUUGGAUGCUGGUAGAGCUGUGUAGCAUGAUGAGUGUGUUUAUCAUGACUAUACGGUACAAAGACUAAGCACAAUGCAUGAAAUAGAUCAAACUACAAUGAUUUGAUGUUUGAACUUGAGUGUGAUGUCAAGGUAGCGCCGCCAUUACAAUGCCUUACCUUCUCAUUCUUUACACGCUUGCAUGCAUGCGUAUACAGCAUAAUAUUACAGUUACUGCAAGUGUCCCUCUGAGGGAAUUUUGUGGGUUUGACAUGCUUGUUUGCUAUUUCAGUUUGUCAUCACUUCCCUCCGGAUUUGACAAUGCAUGUUACUUCUAGUCUUAUUUCCCUUUAAGGUGUUUUAACCGUUCAACCAGUGCCUUAUGGAGUGAAUGCAAGUGUGUGCAGGAGUAUUUCACGUGCGUGUGUGAGAUUUGACUUGAAGAACAGUUCUAUACCAGCAAAGAAACAAGUGGAUCAGCCUCUCCUCAUCCCCUUCAAACUCCUCUUGUUGUAUAAGCCUAUGCUAAACCACUUGCUGCUUCCUGGUUAUUAGUAUUAUACGACUAUUGUCCCGUUUCUCUCAUUUCAUAACAUCCUCCGCCCUCCCCUUGUCUGCCUCGGUCACAAGUGUCACCUCCCAACGCCUCUUUGUUUCGUCUCACCGAGGAACGCUCUUCUCUGUCUUUUAAAGCAAAUGUAUGUUUGUCAAUAAAAUCUUCCAAAAUGGAUA